AUGGCUCCACUUCGAUCAACGGCGCUCUCGCGCGAUACAAAUGAGACUAGUAUUCAACUGGCUAUCAAUCUCGAUGGAGGGGAAUUCCCAGCAGAUACUGAUAAGAAGUUAUUCAGUGGUGAAGAGGGGCAUGCUUCCCAAGUCUCAAAAUCGCAACAUAUUGCUAUACAUACCGGAAUUGGGUUUUUGGAUCAUAUGUUGCAUGCUUUGGCAAAGCAUGCUGGUUGGAGUUUGGCGAUCAAUUGUAAAGGAGAUUUACACAUUGAUGAUCACCAUACCGCUGAAGAUGUAUGCAUUGCACUUGGUACAUCAUUUGCCAAAGCUCUUGGCUCUCCUGUAGGAAUCGCACGUUUCGGAUCCGCAUACUGUCCUCUCGAUGAAGCACUUUCGCGAGCUGUUGUCGAUAUUUCAAAUCGUCCGUUUAGUGUGAUAGAUUUGGGACUCAAGAGAGAGAAGAUUGGAGACUUGAGCUGUGAAAUGAUACCACAUUGUCUGCAAAGUUUCGCGCAGGGUGCAAGAAUCACUUUGCAUGUGGAUUGUUUGAGGGGUGAUAAUGAUCAUCAUAGGGCGGAGAGUGCCUUUAAAGCGUUGGCUGUGGCGGUUAGACAGGCUACUUCGAUAGUGAAAGGUAGAGAGGGUGAGGUUCCAAGUACGAAGGGUACUUUGAGUACUUGA